AUGGCUUCCAAAUACGCCUUCGCCCAGUCACUCAAGGAGGUUCGCUUCCUCUUCUGCCAGACCUCUGAGCAAAGCGCGGCCGUCCGGUUAGCCCAACACUCUCGUUACGCAGCUGGCAAAUCCUUCAUAAACCGCGCGUAUCCCACGAUGAAGAAGAACAACCCCACCAUUCCCAUCCUCGUUCGCGAGGCCCAGGGUACUAUUCCCAAGGUUUACGCCCGAUACGGUACAACUCUCCUACGAAUCAGGAAAAUUGGUGUAGGGAACUCAAAGCUAAUGGCCGCAACAACAGAUUUCGGUACUGAAAAGUCACAAUCCCUGGAAGGUCUUUCGGAUAAACAGGUCGAGGAUGCAGUGGCAGGGUUAGUCAAGGACGGACCAUGA